UACCGACAGAUAUUUGCUUCUUUGUUCUUCCUGCAGAUGACAAGGGCCCAACCCUUCAUGAGAAACGUCAAAAUAUCUCACGUGUGGUCGAGGGCGAGUAGUGCCGAAGUAGAAAUGAGUACAAAAAUCGUUUGAAAAAAAAAGUUUUAUCGUCUUGACUAUUUACUCAAAGUACUGAACAGACCAGAGAUGUUGUGCUACGAGGGAAAAAUCAGCGUCUUCACAUUUUCGACUGGCGUGAUUUUUGCGCUAUUACCUAAGUUCCUGUUUAGGUUACAAUUCGAGGCGUACUCUCUCUAUUUUCAGAAUGUUUGGUUGACUUAUGUCGUAUUAUACAUACUUCUCAAUUUCUUGAUCAUCAUCGCUUUUCGUGGUUUCAUUUAUCAAGUUGCGGUGAGAGCGACGUCGCUGGGUUAUGCAUUUGGGAUCGGCAUAUUGAUAUAUUUGACAGCGCCAUUGUCAUGGCAAAUGUUUGGAAUUUAUAUGUCAGUAAUGGCGACAUUUCACUAUUCAGAAUUCUUGGCUAUUACUUGGACAAAUCCAAGCGCCUUAUCCCUCAAUUCCUUCAUACUAAAUCACAGCAUCGAGUAUGGAAUAGCUGCAUUUGUGUGCUGGACGGAAUUUAUCAUUGAAAGAUAUUUUUUCCCUGAAAUGAAAGAACCGCACUUUGUUUCUUGGAUCGGACUAACGUUAUGCGUUUGCGGAGAGAUACUCAGGAAGCUUGCCAUGUUCACGGCAAGAAAGAAUUUUAAUCACAUUAUACAAAGCACCAAAGCUGACGGGCACGAACUUGUCACGCACGGUGUCUACAGUUUAUCACGACAUCCCAGUUAUGUCGGAUGGUUCUAUUGGUCGAUUGGAACACAGCUGAUUCUUCAGAAUCCUAUCUGUGCUGUGUGUUACACACUGAUUACAUGGAGAUUCUUCCAGCAGCGGGUAUUACUUGAAGAGAUGACGUUGAUCAACUUUUUUGGACAAGACUAUGUCGACUAUCAAAAGCAAGUAGGCACUGGACUGCCUCUGAUUUCAGGGUACAAAUUUGACUUGUAGUAUAGUACCGCAGUGUGAUUUAAAUUAUAAUUAUAUGAUAUUAUAAUUGUGAGAUAUAUGACAAUACUUUAAAAUGUGCACAUCAUGUACUUAAGCUAGAAGAUAUUUUCUAAAAGAUUUCACACUGAUCAAAAUGAUUCGAAGAAAAAGUUUCACAGACUUCAUCUAUAGGUUCUGGACAUUUAGUCAAAUUUGUAAAAAGUUAGUGAUUAUUCGAUUUGAGUAGGCAUACAUUGAAACGAUUUUUUUCCGUUUUUUUUUAGC